AUGGAUGGUUUUCAAUGUUAUGUUAUGCUAAAGAAGGAUGCAAAAAUCAUUUGUCGAGUCAAAUGCUCAAAACCAUCAAUGGCAAUUAAUAGGAUUUGGGAUAUUGGUGAUUUUAUAAAGCAAGAGCAUCUUCCUUCCGGAUUAUAUAGCACUCGUAUACACCCAGCUGGCGAGGAUAAGCAUCAAAAGGAAGAGUGGUGUAAGUUCAUGCGAUUCUUGAAACAAUAUAAAAAGGCGGCUUUUGCAAGAAUUGAAAAUGGUAAGUUGUACAUUCUUCCUUCCUUCCGUGAUGAAGAAUAUGGGUAUGCUAUCGUGAUGUAUAUUAUGCAUGAAGAUACUAUUCCUAGAAGCCAUAAUCAUAUCAAAUUGGAGCUCAAGAGUGAAAAUGAUGGGUUGGCUAAUUGCAAAAUUGACAAACAAGACCCUCCUGGUUGGAAAGUUUAUAAUAAAGGCCCUCCUAAUAGCAAAAUUGACAAUGAAGAUUGUACAUCUGAUCAGAGUCUUGGAAAUAACAAAGCUUGUCAGUCGAGAGAUGAAACUUGUAGCAGAUCAGGAGUCAGUGCAACAUUGCAAAAUGCUCCUGUUCCUGGGAAAAAUUACGUGUCUGCCCAUCCAAGCUACUUGAAAACACUUGGUCAAACCCAUUCUGACUGGAUCUUUGGUGCCAUUGCUGAAUUUGUAGACAAUUCAAGAGAUGCCAAAGCAACAAUGUUGGAUAUUUCAAUUGACAUGAUAUAUUCGAGCAUUGCUGGCAAUGAAAUUCCAAUGCUGGCGGUUGUAGAUGAUGGAAAUGGGAUGAGUCAUGAUGAGAUUAUGAAAAUGGUAUCAUUUGGUCGGAAGCAACCAGAUACAGAUGAUCCAAAUUAUAUAGGAAGAUAUGGUGUUGGAUUUAAGACUGGAACAAUGAGACUUGGUAGGGAUGCAUUGGUUCUUACACAGACAACAAACUCCAGAUCAAUUGCUUUUCUUUCACAAUCACUAAAUGACGGAAAAGAUAUUAUAGAGAUCCCAAUUGUAACCUAUUCUAGGAAAGGACAAUAUAUGGAACUUGAUACAAAUAUCCAGACUGAAGCUUUAUCAAAGGCCAAUCUGAAAGCCAUAAUGGAAUUUUCGCCAUUCAACAAAUAUUUUAUUGGCGAAAAAGCAGGCUUGUUUCAAAAAAAAGGAUCUGGGACUCAAAUAUACAUAUGGAAUUUGGAUGAAUGGGGAUCAAAAUAUUCUUUAGAAUGGGUGAAUGGGAUGAGUGGUGGUAGUUCUUUCCAUCAAGGUGACAUACUUAUUUGUUCACGUAGGCCCCGCUCUCGCCUUGGCCAAAUGACUCGAGAGGUUCCAUUAGACUAUUCACUCAGAUCUUAUUUAGAAGUCAUUUUCUUAGAUCCACGAAUGAAGAUCAAUAUUCAAGGGGCAUUGGUUAAAAGCCGGCCUUUAGCAAGAUUUCUACACAAGACAAGCAUAGAAAACGGUUCUGUAGCUGGAAAACCAGUUGAACUUAUUCUUGGACAAUCUCAGUUGGAUUUGGAGCAGGGUAAUUGUGGAAUUUUUUUAUAUUGGCAUGGAAGGUUGAUUGAGGCUUACAAAAGAGUUGGGAGCAUGAUUCAUAAUGGAGAAAAGAGUCAUGGGAUUAUUGGAGUCAUAGAUGUCACCAAUGUCAUGGAUGAUGGUAGUGGUCGUGUUUGGGUGCAUAACAACAAACAAGGAUUUGUGGAUUGUGAGCCUUAUGCUCUUCUUGAAGAUUGGCUUAGUAAAAAGGCUGAUGACUACUUGGAUAACAAUAUUGAUAAAGUUCAUGUGAAAAAAAGUGGGCCAAGGCAUAAACCAGAUCAUGAAUGGGUGCAGUGCAACAAAUGUAGGAAAUGGAGAAUGUUGGAUGCUGACUUUGAUAGCAAAACACUUCCUCAAGAAUGGUUUUGCUAUAUGAAACCGGUCAACGGGAAAUGUGAGAUGCCAGAACAGAAAUUAGAACAAGGAGUUAUUACAAUAUCCUCCCAAAGAUCCGGAUAUAAUUGCAGUGAGAAUUCAUCACAAAAGAACAGUAAGGCCAAAGACUCACCAAAUAAAGGUGGUGCUGGGUCUGUUAUAGGUAAAGGAUGUGAAGCAAGGGUGGGUAACGAUGAAGAUGCAGUACCUAAUUGGCCUGUGAAAAGGCUUAGAAGGUUAGUGAAAAAGGUAGUGUAG